AUGUAUCGUGCAUUCAUGGCAGAAUACAUUCAACUAGGACACAUGGUACGAGUACCAGUCAACGAAUUGCCCGCAAACGCUUACUUCUUGCCUCACCAUGGGGUAUUGAAGCUUGAUAGUGCCACUACGAAGCUCCGCACAGUGUUCAAUGGUUCCUGUGCAACAUCUACAGGAAUUUCAUUGAACGACAUUCUCCACGCAGGACCCAAAACGCAAAUUGACAUUUUUGAUGUGAUGUUGAGAAUCCGUUGCAGCAGGAUUCUAUUCGCUACUGACAUUACCAAGAUGUUCAGACAGAUUGAGGUCGACUCGCUUGAUUGGCCGCUUCAGUGCAUUCUCUGGAUAGAUGAGAAUGACUCAAUAGACGCUUACUGUCUCAAGACAGUCACAUACGGAACCGCUAGUGCACCUUUUGACGCUGUACGUGUGCUUAUCCAACUAGUAAAGGAUGAAGGACACCGCUUUCCGCUAGCUGUUGCUCCAAUGUUGAAAACACGCUACGUAGAUGACAUCUACGGUGGAGCAGACAACGAAGAAGACGCUAUCAAGGCUGCAGUACAAACAAAAGCUCUGUGUGCAGCAGGCUGCUUCCCGCUUGCCAAAUGGGCUAGCAAUAGCCCACGGUUACUCGCUGAAGUCGCUCCAGAAAAGCAGCUGGAUACACCGCUUAAAGAAAUCAGUGAUGCACCAGUAAAAGUCCUGGGCAUGUACUGGAAUUCACGCACUGACGCUCUCCAGUUCAAGUACACGCUACCGCCAGAUACGCCUAAGACAAAGAGAGCUAUUUUGUCUGAAAUCGCUAAACUGUAUGACCCACUAGGACUUCUCGCACCAAUAGUCGUCAAAGCCAAGAUCUUUAUGCAAGAUCUGUGGCUAGAUAGAGUGUCAUGGGAUGAACAAUUGUCACCAUCACUCAUUCACAAAUGGACUGGAUACCGCGAGGAUCUUCGAAACAUCGAAUCCAUCCGCAUUCCACGCUGGAAUAAUAUAGCACCUGGAGCAACUAUGGAAUUGCACGGGUUCUCAGACGCUUCGCAAAACGCUAUGGCUGCCGCUGUUUAUUUGAAAGUCACUGACGCUGAUGGGAACACAAAGGUCUCACUUCUGUUUCAGUCGCUUGAAAAUGUCAGGAUCAAUCUCUGGACUGACUCCGCCGUGACUCUCGCAUGGAUUAAAAGUCCAGCAAUCCGCUGGAAGACAUUCGUCCGCAAUAGAGUGGGAAAAAUCCAAGAAACGCUUCGAGAUGUCUCCUGGAAAUUUAUUCCAGGAAAACAAAACCCCGCUGACUGCGCUUCAAGAGGUAUACCUACGCUAAAACUGAAACAACACGCUCUCUGGUGGCAUGGACCAACUUGGCUUCAUGAACCAGAAUCCUCUUGGCCCACUCUGGAGCCUCCAACCGACAACGCAACGCAUCGAGAAGAACGCCAAGGUCUGACACUAGUAACUUGGAAAGCAGAAAAUUGCCUGCUCCAACAAUUACUGUCGCAUUACACGCAGCUGUUUCCACUGCUACGGAAGCUUAGCAUCUGGCAUCGUGCCAUCGACCGCUUUAAAAGAGUUCCACAAUCUUCGCUGGCCUACCCGCUUACUCCAUCAGACCUGGAGCACGCUAAAUUGACCUUGAUUAAGUUCACUCAAGGACAAUACUUCGCUAGAGAGAUUCACACGCUACAAGAUGGUGAUGGUCUGCCUAAAAAUAACAGCAUCACUAAGCUGACUCCGUUCAUCGACCAUCAGGGGGUCUUGAGAGUCGGUGGCCGCUUGAAAAACGCAUUGCUGGACCCAGAAGAGAGGCAUCCAGCGAUUCUACCGCGACAAUCACCGCUUACAUCAAUUUUGAUUGAUGUUUCGCACCGCAAAACGCUUCACGGAGGUACUCAGCUUACGCUCCCUGACUUACGCAAGAGUGUCUGGAUCAUUGGAGGCCGUGUUCCAGUCAGAUCAUUUAUUUUACGCUGCGUUAUCUGCACGAGACACAGUGGAGAACGCGCUCAACAGUUGAUGGGUCAACUACCCACCGCACGAGUACAGCCAACUUGA